UCCCAGCGCCGAGCCCGUCCCGCGGCGCCGUGCGCAGCUCCCGGCGCGGCGCGGCGCGGGCGUCCCGAGAUGAGCAGCCCCGAUGCGGGCUAUGCCAGCAGCGACGACCAAGCGCAGGGGCGGUGCGCGCUGCCCAUCAUGAUGCCGGCCAUGGGCCCCUGCCCCUGGGCAGAGUCGCUGAGCCCGCUGGGCGAGGCGAAGGUGAAGAGCGAGGCGGCGCCGUCGGGGGCGGCGGGCGGCCGGAGCAAGAGCGAGUCGCGCAUCCGGCGGCCCAUGAACGCCUUCAUGGUGUGGGCGAAGGACGAGCGCAAGCGGCUGGCGCAGCAGAACCCGGACCUGCACAACGCCGAGCUCAGCAAGAUGCUGGGUAAAUCGUGGAAGGCGCUGUCGCUGGCGGAGAAGCGGCCGUUCGUGGAGGAGGCGGAGCGGCUGCGGGUGCAGCACAUGCAGGACCACCCCAACUACAAGUACCGGCCGCGGCGGCGGAAGCAGGUGAAGCGCCUGAAGCGCGUGGAGAGCGGCUUCCUGCAGCACGGCCUGGCGGAGGCGGCGGCGCCGGCGCUGGGCAGCGAGGGCAGCGGCGGCGGCGGCGGCAGGAUGUGCGUGGAGAGCCUGGCGCUGCCCUACGCCGAGCAGGGCUUCGCGGCGGGGCCGGGCGCGCUGGGGCCGGGCGCGGGCCACUACCGGGACUGUGCGCCGCUGGGCGCCGCCUUCGACGGCUACAGCCUGCCGACGCCGGACCCGUCGCCGCUGGACGCGGCGGAGAGCGAGGCGCCCUUCUUCGCGGCGGCGCUGCAGGAGGAGUGCGCGCUGGGGCCCUACAGCUACGCGCCGCACGCGGCGGCCGAGUACGCGCCGGCGGCGGCCGAGAGCCCGGCGGGCGGCGCGCUGCGGCGGCCCCUGGCGCCCGGCGAGCCCCUGGGCCUGCUGGGCUGCCAGGCGCCGCUGCACGCCUACUACGGGCACGUGUGCCAGCCGCCGGGCCCGGGGCGCCCGCUGCCGCCGCCGGCGGGCGGGCAGCCGUCGCCGCCGCCCGAGGCGGCGCAGUGCCGGGAGCCGCUGGAGCACUUGCCGCAGGACGAGCUGCUGGGCGAGGUGGACCGCACCGAGUUCGAGCAGUACCUGCACUUCGCCUGCAAGCCCGACCUGGGGCUGCCCUUCGCGGGCCACGACGCCGCGGGGCUGCCGGCGCCCGAGGGCGCGGCGCCCGUGUCGGCGGCCGUGUCGGACGCCAGCAGCGCCGUCUACUACUGCGGCUACCCCGACGUGUGAGGCCGGGCGGCGCGGCACGGCACGGCACGGACUGCCGGCGAAGCGCCCGACCCCGCUCCUAUUUAUGUAAUUUAUUUGAAUCUUGAGAACUGACAGGGUAUCAGUGACUUACUCGAGGUUUGAAAACGCGACCUACCGUCUUGUUUUCUGAGCAGUGCAGGUCGAGCCAUCUCUGUCCUACAGCGACAUGUAAAACUGUUCCUACUGUGGAAUUUUUAAACGUUGAUCUUAGCUAUAUACUUGGAAUAUAAUUUCUGAGAUCUUGUUAGAGAUCCUUAUGCUUUUGUAAUCUUGUACAGAAUGCUGGGUUUUUUAUAUGUUGGGUUUGUACAGACUAAUUUUGCACUUUUACAAAUAAAGGGAAAAUAAUAAAACUGGUUCGUGAUAUCCCCACAUAGCAGUAGACAUACAAAGGAUGAUAUGUCUGUUUCAAGUCAUUUUCCUGAAGUCCCUUUCAUUAAGGGCUUUCACAACUAAGUGUAUUUCUGUGGUCAUAAUCCCUUUCUCCUUCCACCUGUCUCUUUCAAAUUUUGAACAAAUUUUUGGUUGCUGGAAACUGUUUACUCAGGGUUACUCCAAAGUUUAUUUUCUAAACUUUAAUAAGUGACUUUUCAGAAGAUUGAUUGAUAGGACUGAAUUAAAAAGAAUUAAACACUCUAUUUUAUUUGAAAUGUGAAAAGAAGAUAAGAAAACUCUGACUGAAUUACAUUAGGAUUUGAGUAUUUCAGUGCUUUCAGUGAUCUUUUCAGUGGUAUCCAAUGUUUCCAUGAUCACAUUAAGAAUAAUACUUUGCUCAAAUGUCAGAAUAAGUGCUAAAUGAAGCAGCUCCCUGGACAGAAUGUAUUUCGUGUUUCAAUGAAUGCUUUCAUUGCAGAGGAGUAGGAGAUACCAAGUUUAUUCUGUGGAAAAUGAUACCAGUGAAUCAGGGUUCAAAGCUGAUGAAGAAUUCAGUCAUGAACGUUCGAAGACCAGAGAACUACCACUGCUAGAUUGCUGUAACAUCAAAUCACAAUAAUACAUUAAAAACUACAUUUUGGGGGAGAAA